UUCUCAUCCUCCUCCCUUCGGCUCUUCCUACUGUGUUGUGCUGCUGCUGCUCUUCCUGUCCAGACAGGCUCGGGCCUUUUGUUAGCGGGAGGAGGAGGACCCGUAGGAGAGCGCUCAGCCGGCCCGGGGUCGCACAGGCUCUGGUGGAAUGAGCGUAGCGUGCGUGUUGAAGAGGAAAGCUGUGCUCUGGCAGGAUUCGUUCAGCCCCCACCUCAGACUGCCUCCCCCUGACAGGCCAUUACCCAGCAUGCCUGUGGUCCUGAGUGCCGCGGGCCACGCCCCCCAACCUGGCCCUGCUCCACAGGCCCCUCCCCCUGCACAGGGGGCGGGGCGUUCUCAAGAUGAUGCAAUGGUGGAUUACUUCUUCCAGCGGCAACAUGGCGAGCAGCCUGGAUACAAUAAUGGCAAACACCGCUGGCCUACCGGUGAUAAUAUCCAUGGUGACAACCAGGUGCGGUCGAUGGAUGAGCUCAACCAUGACUUUCAGGCUCUGGCUCUGGAAGGGAGAGCCAUGGGAGAGCAGCUCCUCACAGGAAAGAAGUUCUGGGAAUCUGAUGAUUCAGGGAAGGAUGGACCAAAAGGGAUCUUUCUGGACCAGUGGAGAGACAGUGCCUGGGGAGCUUCUGAUCAUUCAGUUUCCCAGCCAAUCAUGGUCCAGCGUCGACCAGGCCAAGGGUUCCAUGGCGUUGGAGAGGCAGGGUCAGUGCUUUCUCCUCGUUCUGAGAGCGGUGGAUUGGGAGUCUCCAUGGUGGAAUAUGUCCUGAGCUCCUCCCCAGGAGAGAAGCUCGACUCCUGUCUACGUAAAGGAGCAUUUGGUCCACGGGAUGCUGAGGCUGAUGACUCUGAAAAAAGAGCAGAACCAAAACCCAAGACUACAUUUGAUCCUGAAAGGAAAGAGCUGAAGGAAUCUGAGCCUGAUCCCAUGGACAACCCCAACGGACUGCCCAGUCAGAAUGGGCUGGACGUGGAUGUUAAAGACUUCAGCCGUACUCCUGGUAAUUGCCCUCCUGCUGGUCCUGAAGUGGAGCUGGGUGGACCUGAGAUGGCUGGAGUGGCAGGACCAAAACCAGCGGAGGAAUUCCCAAAUGUUGAGCCCCAGAACGUGACCCUUGACCCCAUGGAAUCUGUUUCCAUGGAGACUCUGCAGUUCGAUUAUGCUGGCAGCCAGCUGCCCCUUGACUCCACAGCUGCCACUGUUGGCCUGUUUGACUACAACUCUCCUCAGCAGCUGUUCCAGAGGCCCAGUGCUCUGGCCAUGCAGCAGUUGACAGCUGCGCAGCAGCAGCAGUACGCCCUCGCUGCAGCCCAGCAGCCACACAUUGGAUUGGCUCCUGCUGCUUUCAUGCCGAACCCUUACAUUAUCAGUGCAGCCCCACCUGGCACAGACCCCUACGCUGCUGGUCUUGCUGCAGCUGCCACUCUUGGACCAGCAGUGAUGCCCCCUCAAUAUUAUGGGGUGACUCCCUGGGGCGUCUAUCCUGCCAACCUGUUCCAGCAGCAGGCACCUGCCCCCUCCAACUCAGCCAAUCAGCAGCAAACAGCACAGACUCAGCAGAACCAACAGCAGGUGAUGCGAGCUGGAGGUAACCAACGACCCCUGACCCCCAGCCAGGGUCAACAGGGGCAGCAGACUGACCAGCUGGUAGCAGCUGCAGCUGUGAACUCGGCCUUGGCUUUUGGGCAAGGACUAGCUGCUGGUGUUCCUGGGUACCCUGUGCUUGCUCCAGCUGCAUACUAUGACCAGACUGGAGCUCUAGUGGUGAACACAGGAGCUCGCAGCGGCCCUGUCCGACUUAUGGCUCCUGCCUCUGUCAUCAUCAGCCCAACUGCAGCCGUUGCAGCUGCAGCUGCCUCAGCCAGUGGGGCUAAUGCAGGCCUUGGGGGCGGAGCAAGUGGAGCAUUUCGUGCAUUGAAUUCCCAGCAAGCUCCAGGUCAGCAGGGUGGUGGGGCUCUAGGAGGAAGCUCCUUUUAUGGGAGUGGUUCUCCAAGCUCCUCCUCGCAGAGCUCCUCUCUGUUCUCUCAAGGUUCUGGCCAACCCGGAAGCUCCUCUCUUGGAUUCAAUGCUAACCCAUCUUCGUCCCUUGGUGCAACACUCGGAGCGACGCUUGGAGGUUUUGGAACAGCAGGUGUGUUGCCCAAUUCCAGCUCCAGUGGAUCUCGCCGUGAUUCUUUGACGGGCAGUUCUGAUUUAUACAAGCGCACACCCAGCAGCCUCACUCCUAUUGGCCAUGGAGGCUUCUACAACGGCCUUGGAUUCAGCUCCUCCCCUGGCCCGGUUGGCAUGCCACUUCCUAACCAAGGGCCCUCCCACUCUCUGACUCCUCCACCGUCUCUUUCAACCCAUGGAUCCUCCAGCAGUCUCAACCUUGGUGGUCUGACUAAUGGCAGUGGCCGCUUUAUCUCCGCUGCCCCUGGAGCUGAGGCCAAAUACCGCAGUGCAACUACCGGCUCCUCCCUCUUCAGUCCCAGCAGCCAGCUCUUCCCAUCAUCACGACUACGCUACGGCAUGUCCGAUGUGAUGCCGUCUGGCCGCAGCCGUCUGCUUGAGGAUUUCCGGAACAACCGCUAUCCCAACCUUCAGCUACGUGAGAUCGCAGGCCAUGUCAUGGAGUUCUCUCAGGACCAGCAUGGCUCCAGGUUCAUCCAGCUGAAGUUGGAGAGAGCGAGCUCUGCAGAGCGCCAGCUGGUCUUCAGUGAAAUUCUGCAGGCUGCCUACCAGCUCAUGGUCGACGUGUUUGGAAAUUACGUCAUCCAGAAGUUCUUUGAGUUCGGCAGCCUGGAUCAGAAGUUGGCACUUGCAGAGCGCAUCCGUGGGCAUGUGCUCUCUCUGGCUCUGCAGAUGUAUGGCUGCAGAGUGAUCCAGAAAGCGCUGGAGUUCAUCCCUUCUGACCAGCAAGUCAUUAGCGAGAUGGUGCGGGAGCUGGACGGCCACGUGCUGAAGUGUGUGAAGGAUCAGAAUGGUAACCACGUUGUGCAGAAGUGCAUCGAGUGUGUGCAGCCUCAUGCUCUCCAGUUCAUCAUCGAUGCCUUCAAAGGACAGGUGUUUGCUUUGUCCACACACCCCUACGGCUGCCGGGUGAUCCAGCGUAUUUUGGAACACUGUCUUCCAGAGCAGACCCUGCCAAUACUGGAAGAGUUACACCAACACACUGAGCAACUGGUCCAGGAUCAAUAUGGAAACUAUGUAAUUCAGCAUGUGCUGGAGCAUGGCCGUGCAGAGGACAAGAGCAAGAUUGUCUCAGAGAUCAGAGGAAAUGUUUUGGGGCUCAGCCAGCACAAGUUUGCCAGUAAUGUGGUGGAGAAGUGUGUGACGCACUCCCUGCGCGCCGAGAGGGCCAUGCUGAUUGAUGAAGUGUGCAGUAUGGCGGACGGGCCCCACAGUGCCUUAUACACCAUGAUGAAGGACCAGUACGCCAACUACGUUGUGCAGAAAAUGAUCGAUGUCGCCGAGCCAACUCAGCGCAAGAUCGUAAUGCACAAGAUACGGCCUCACAUUGCAACCCUGAGGAAGUACACAUAUGGGAAGCACAUCCUGGCCAAGCUGGAGAAGUACUACAUGAAGAACGGCGUCGACUUGGGCCCACUCUGCGCUCCCCCCAACGGCAUCAUGUAAAUUCCCCAUUCACCCCCGGAGGCGUGCAGGCAGGCGUGCGUGCGCCCGAGCGAGCGCGUGUAUGUGUGUGGAGAUUGGAGAUGUCGGUCUGAGAUCACUGUAAAACCCUUUCCUAGUAUCGCUGAGUCGUCCCCUCCCCCGACCCCCUUUCUCUCCAGGUCUUUGUGAGCUUGUACUUGUUUUCUCUUUUUAGCAUCUUUACACCUAGUCCCCUUUAUAUAUACCCCACUACUACUUAAACCUUUGAUCCUCCUCCUCUUACUCUUCUGUUUAUGUACGUAUGAGAUGAAAGGAUAUUUGAUUUGAUGCCAGUUUGAAUCAUGGAGGCUUCCGCAUAUAAACACUUUAUUGCUAAUACACGUUUCUAACACACUUUCAUAAACACCUACACAUUACACGCUAACACACUCUAUUGCUAACAUGACGCAGACAUUUAGCAUGGGAGACGUUUUUGGUCUUGCUUCUAUAAAUAUUUAGUGCAUACUUGGUGUAGAACUUUGCAUAUAUAUAUAAAUAUAUAUAUAAAACUUUGUAGUUUUUUCUGGUUUUUGAUGUUCAAUCUGUACCUAUAAUCUACCCAGUAGUGAAUACAUACUUCUGAUUGUAUAAUUGUACAUUUGUAAACCUUCGCUA